UUGUAUGUCAGGGUUAAGCUAUGGAGAAUGUGUUUGCAAGUUCUUUUAAAUCAAGAAACGAAGAUGAAGAAGCUUUGAGUUGGGCAGCCAUAGAAAGAUUGCCUACCUACACUCGUUUGAGAACUAGCUUAUUCAAGUCUUUAGCAGAAGACAAAAACCAAGGAAGCAAGUUGGUCGAUGUAAGAAAGUUAAAUGUCGACGAAAGGAACGAGUUUAUUGAGAGAAAUUUUAAGGUUCCUGAAGAAGAUAAUGAAAAGUUCUUCAGAAAGUUGAGAGAUCGUAUAGAUAAAGUUGGAAUCCAACUGCCCACAGUUGAAGUUAGAUUUGAGCAAUUGCGAGUAGAAGCUGAUUGCCAUGUUGGCAUCAGAGCUCUCCCAACUCUUUUGAAUACUUCAAGAAAUAUUUUUGAAUCAGCCCUUGGCUUGUGUGGAAUCAGAAUGACCAUGAGAACAAAAUACACCAUCCUCAAGGAUGUUUCAGGAAUUAUAAAACCAUCAAGGAUGACAUUACUGUUAGGUCCUCCUUCAUCUGGGAAGACAACCCUUUUGCUUGCACUGGCCGGAAAGUUAGAUCCAACUUUAAAGGUACAAGGACAAGUAAGCUACAAUGGUUGUAGGUUUGAUGAAUUUGAGCCUCGGAAGACAUCAGCCUAUGUUAGCCAAAAUGAUGUUCACUUGGGAGAUCUAACAGUUAAAGAAACCUUUGAUUAUUCAGCAUGGUUUCAAGGAGUUGGUCAUCGAUAUGACCUGCUAGUUGAGCUUGAUAGGAGGGAGAAAGAAGCUGACAUUAUCCCUGACUCUGACCUUGAUCUUUUUAUGAAGGCAACCGCAAUGGAAGGAGCUAAGAAUAGUUUAAUUACUGAUUACACUCUCAGACUCCUGGGGCUUGACAUAUGCAAGGACACUGUUGUUGGAGAUGAAAUGACUCGAGGGAUUUCUGGUGGACAAAAGAAGAGAGUAACAACAGGGGAGAUGAUUGUUGGACCUACAAAAACUCUAUUUAUGGAUGAGAUAUCAACUGGUUUAGACAGCUCCACAACAUACCAGAUAGUUAAAUGCAUGCAGCAAAUUGUGCACCUCACUGAGGCCACUGUCUUCAUGUCCCUCCUCCAGCCUGAUCCUGAAACAUUUGAACUCUUUGAUGACGUUGUUCUGUUAUCUGAUGGUCAGAUUGUAUAUCAGGGCCCUAAAGAACAAGUAGUAGCUUUCUUUGAGAGCUGUGGAUUCAAAUGCCCUGAGAGGAAGGGCACUGCAGAUUUUUUGCAGGAGGUUACAUCAAAGAAAGACCAAGAGCAAUACUGGGUAGAUGAGAGCAAGCCCUACCGAUACAUAUCAGUAUCCGAGUUUGCAAGAAAGUUUAAGGCUUUCCGUGUUGGCCUACAGCUUGAGAAUGAGCUUCCCAUUCCAUAUGAGGCUAAAAGUCAUAAAGCAGCUUUAGUAUCCCAGAAAUGCACUAUCCCAAAAAUGCAGCUUCUCAAGGCCUCCAUUGACAGGGAGAAGCUUUUAAUGAGGAGAACUCUGCCUGUAUACAUCUUUAAGGCCGUUCAAAUUUUUGUCGUUGGAAUCAUUGCAGCGACUGUUUUUUUGAGGACAACACUUCAUGUCACAUAUGAUGAUGGAUCGCUAUACGUUGGUGCAACUAUAUUUGCCAUGAUUGUGAACAUGUUCAAUGGCUUUGCAGAGCUCUCCAUAACCAUAAUGAGGCUUCCAGUGUUUUUCAAGCAAAGAGAUCUUCUAUUUUAUCCAGCUUGGGCUUUUACCCUCCCAAAUUUCUUGCUCGGGGUCCCAAUUUCUGUCGUUGAGUCCUUUGUUUGGACUGCUGUGACGUACUAUUCUAUUGGAUUUGCACCAGAAGCAAGCAGAUUUUUCAAGCAGACGUUGUUAAUAUUCCUAAUUCAACAAAUGGCUGCUGGAUUAUUUAGGCUCAUGGCUGGAGUAUGCAGGACUAUGAUCAUUGCACACACUGGAGGAGCACUUGCUCUGCUCAUUUUGUUCCUACUAGGAGGCUUUAUCCUUCCGAGAGGAAGAAUUCCUGUGUGGUGGACUUGGGCUCACUGGAUUUCACCUAUGUCUUACGCAUUCAAAUCCUUGACAGUCAAUGAACUGCUUUCUCCAAGGUGGAUGAAUCGACUGGCAUCAGACAACGUUACAAGGUUGGGUACAGCAGUGCUGGAGAACAUUGGUGUAGAACAGGAAAAUUACUGGUAUUGGAUUGGAGCUGCAGCGCUUCUGGGAUUCACCAUUCUUUUCAAUGUCUUGUUCACCUUCUCACUAACGUAUUUAAACUCUCUUGGAAAGCCACAGGCAAUUAUAUCUCCAGAAGUAGCCAAGGAGCAAUCUUUCAGGGAAGGAUCAGAAGAGAGAAGUCUUAAAACGAGGUCAACCAAUGGCAACGAUGCAGCCUGUAAUGUUGAAGGAGAAAUCCAAAUGCCAAAAGUAAGCCAUGUUGGGCAUCACGCUGAGGCCACAACGGGAGCUGCUCCCAAGAGGGGGAUGAUUCUUCCCUUUACGCCUCUAUCCAUGUCCUUUGAUAGUGUAAACUAUUAUGUGGAUAUGCCCUCAGAAAUGAAGGGUCAGGGAGUGACAGAGGACAGGCUGCAAUUGCUUCAAGAAGUGACUGGAGCAUUUAGGCCAGGGAUCCUGACUGCUUUGAUGGGAGUCAGUGGAGCUGGAAAGACAACAUUGAUGGAUGUUCUAGCAGGCAGAAAAACUGGGGGCUAUAUUGAAGGUGAUAUUAGAAUUUCUGGAUUCCCUAAGAAUCAAGAAACAUUUGCGAGAAAUUCUGGUUACUGCGAGCAGACUGACAUUCACUCUCCACAAGUCACUGUUGAAGAGUCCUUGAUCUUUUCAGCUUUCCUCAGACUCCCAAAAGAAGUCAAUGACAAAGAAAAGAUGGUUUUUGUGGAUGAAGUGAUGGAGCUAGUUGAGCUCACCAAUCUGAAACAUGCAAUAGUUGGGCUACCAGGAAUAACAGGGUUGUCAACAGAACAGAGAAAGAGAUUGACUAUAGCAGUGGAGCUUGUGGCAAACCCUUCAAUUAUAUUCAUGGAUGAACCGACUUCUGGGCUAGAUGCAAGAGCGGCAGCUAUUGUUAUGAGGACUGUAAGAAACACUGUGGACACUGGAAGAACAGUUGUCUGCACAAUUCAUCAGCCUAGCAUCGACAUCUUUGAAGCCUUCGACGAGCUGCUAUUGAUGAAAAGAGGAGGGAAACUGAUUUAUUCGGGACCAUUAGGCCAGAAUUCUCAGAAGAUCAUUAAAUAUUUUGAGGAGAUUCCAGGAGUGCCUAGAAUUAAAGAAAGGCAAAAUCCAGCAGCGUGGAUGCUAGAAGCAAGCUCAGCUGCAACUGAAGUUCGGCUUGGAAUUGAUUUCGCUGAGCAUUACAAAUCAUCAGCCUUGUAUCAACAAACCAAGGCUGUGGUUGAUGACUUGAGUAGACCAUCAGAAGGAGCUUCAGAUCUCUACUUCCCUACUCAGUAUCCACAAUCCACAUGGGGGCAGUUCAAAUCCUGCCUGUGGAAGCAAUGGUGGACAUAUUGGAGAAGUCCUGAUUAUAAUCUUGUUCGUUACUUUUACUCCUUGGUAACUGCUCUCGUGCUAGGCACAGUCUUCUGGCAGGUUGGAACGCAGAGAGAGGAUGCAACUGAGCUGACCAUGAUCAUUGGAGCGAUGUAUGUAGCAGUUUUGUUCGUCGGAAUCAACAAUUGCUCAACUGUGCAGCCCAUUGUAGCCGUUGAAAGAACUGUAUUCUACCGAGAAAGAGCUGCAGGGAUGUACUCAGCUUUACCGUAUGCCUUGGCACAGGUGAUCGUGGAAAUACCAUAUAUAUUCGUGCAAACCGUAUACUACUCUCUUAUAGUAUAUGUAACUGUGAGCUUUGAGUGGAAGUUGGCUAAAUUCUUCUGGUUCUUCUUUAUCACCUUCUUCUCCUUGCUAUACUUCACGUACUAUGGAAUGAUGACCGUAUCAAUCACACCAAAUCACCAAGCUGCAGCUAUCUUUGCAUCAGCAUUUUAUGCACUCUUCACCCUUUUCUCCGGCUUUUUCAUCCCGAAACCAAGAAUUCCCAAGUGGUGGACAUGGUACUACUACAUCUGCCCUGUGGCGUGGACCGUGUACGGACUGAUAGUGACACAGUACGGUGACAUUGAAGAUAGAAUCAAGGUGAGUGGAAUUGAGCCAGAUCCAAGUAUCAAAUGGUACGUGCAGAACCAUUUUGGAUAUGAUUCAAACUUCAUAGGUCCAACUGCUGCAAUCUUGGUCGCUUUUGGUGCCUUCUUCGCUCUUAUGUUUGCCUUCUGCAUCAAAAACAUUAACUUCCAAAAUAGAUAGCCGUGCGUGUUUGGGCUUGGUCUUGGGCUUGGGCUUGGGCUUGGUGGGCAAUGGAGUAGACGGACCAAAGUUCACACGAGGGAAGGCGCAUGGCUGUGAGAAGAAAAAGCUGUGGGUAUGAGUGGGACCCAAUUGGACACCGGCCUCCUUCUUCGAAGUUGGGAAGAUUUAAAAAAAAAAGAUAAAAAGGAACGACGUCAUGUGUGUCUUUUCUCUUCAUUCGACAGCGUGUCGUAGCGUCCCCUCGAAUUUGAAGAUUACGUGUCAGAUAAAUGCACCGUUCGU